CACAGCCUAAGAUCAGGUUUGCUGCGGUCCGGAGUCAAGUGUGCUCAACCGUACUGGAACUACAACUCCCAAGAUGCUCCCCAGCCUUAAGCGGCUCCGACCUUGGACUUUACCACUGCGGGGGUUCCAUAACGUUUUACCUUCCGCUCGCUGAGUGGCCCUAAGGGCUUUUUUUUUUUUUUUUUCCCCUCUAAACGUGUCCGGGGGCACCUUGGGAAUUAAGAUUCGUAAUUUUGAAUUUGCUCCCAGACUGUCACGGUGUCUUGCUUAGGCGGAGCCCAGUGACUAUAGGAAUUGUAAUCCAUCUACCCCUCUCCUUAGUGUCCCAAGGACUUAUGGGAAAUAUACUGUGAUAGGGUUUAGCCUUGGCUCUUCCGACCUCCACUUCAGAAUCACCUGGAACUCUGCGAAACAGAUGUAUGUAGAUGCCCAGCUUCCCUUCCAGAUAUUCUGAUUCUUUUGAUCUUGGGUGAGGACCACGCCUCUGUAUUUUUAAAAGACUCCUCUUAGACUGGAUCCAGGGUUAUGAAUCACCAACCAACAGUUCCCGGGUUCUCUUUUGAGACUGCUCCAAGGACUGGUGGGAAUCGUGCCUCCAGUUUUAUUAUAUUGAAUGUACGGUGAUGCUUCAUGGGAAUUAUAGUUCAUCUCUUCCAGGAUUCCGUGGGAACCGUAGUGUGGUUUGAAGCCACUACUGGCCAUCCUGAAGCCAGACCUGGCACCCCCAGGUGAGGACACCCCACAGAGAGUGCUGUGUGCCAGCCAGUAACAAGGGAGUGACGACUAGAGGGAAGGAAGACGUGAUGAGAGAUGAGGACCCUGAGCCCUUCCAGAUCCCAGAGAUCCAGACUUCCAGAAGCUUCCAAGGCUCUGGCCACAGGCCCCAGCUCCCCUGAGCUGUUUGAGGAAUCCUGGCCAUCCAGCUCAGGGACCCCUUCCCCACCCAGCAUCACUGAGGGCCAGAUGAGAGCCUCUCCACCACCCACCGUGACUGACAGUGGGGACUCCGUGGUGGCCAAGUACAUAAACCGGUUCCGACAGGCUCAGCCCACAAGCCGAGAAGAACGCCAGUCUGCAGGCCCAACUCCAGCUGACUUUUGGUGGCUGUGGCCUGAAUCCUCAGCCCCUGCAAGUCAACUUGCAGCAGGAGCCAGUGAACCAGAAGGAAGACCCAACAGAGCAGUCCUGACUCAUGCUAAGAUGGCCAGUGCAUCGAAGGCUAAGGCUGUGGCACCCCUUCAGGAAAUAAAGCAGAGUCUCAACACAUGGAACUCAUCCCUGCUGGACUUGGAGACACUGAGCUUGCAAAGCAGAGCUGCCAGGCUGCUCAAACGCAGCAAGGCCUCCAUCUCCUCCACCUCCUCCCUCAGCCCCAGCGAUGGCGGCAGCUCCUCAUUCCCCGUCAGCUCUGAUGGCCUCUCUCCCUUCUCCAUGACCUUCACUCCUGACUCCAUCAAGGACCCUGACCUCAAGGCACAAGCAACCCCAGCACCUGCCCCCAUCCCUACUCCUGCCCCGGCCUCCUCCCAGGCACCCCUGCGGCCAGAGGAUGACAUUCUGUACCAGUGGCGGCAGCGGCGGAAACUUGAACAAGCUCGAAGAAGCCAGGGUGACGGAACCUGGGUGCUGCCGCAGACCCCUGCCCUCACCACCUCGGUCCCUUCCCCCAUCUGUCCACAGACAUCUCCUCCCGCUGCAGAGACCCUUGGUUCCCUGGGAACCCAGUCUAACUCCAACCCACUUUGGGGCAGUGUGGUUCCGCCUGGUCUCCAGGAAGCUUUCCGCAUGGAGAGGCCUCCUAUUCCCCCAGGAUUCUCUCCACACAUCUUUUGGGGUCCCAGUCCCCAUGGAUUCUUCUGGACCCCACAGCCCAGUCCCUGGAUAUCUCUUGGGGUCAUCCCUCCAACAUUCCCGGCCUCCACCCCAGCGCCCCCGGCCUCCACUCCUGCCCCUCCAGCCUCAGCCCCCGCGCCCCGUGCCUCCACACCCACGACCCCUGCAGCCCCCCAGGAGCCCCCCAUCCCUGCACCAAGCAGCCCAGAGGAGCUCGAGAAGCAGACCUCCAAGCCUCGGAGAAGGAGAGCCCAACGCCGGGAGUCUUCAGGGCGAGUCAUGGCCGCGGAUGAGCACGAGGGCCCUGGCCCGCAGCUCAGAAGCGCGCUGGGCCAGGUGGUGACAGCUCGGCUGUUUCCGGACAGCCUGGAGGACACGCCCCCCCGGCUUGAGGGCCCGCCUCCACACGAGGCUGAACCUCGGAAAGCCAAGGCCACACAUGCUCUGACCCCUCGCUCAGAGGUCACGGCUCUUGUAUCUGAAUCACAGGGUCGGUCUAAGGCGGGGUCUCGGAAUGCCAAGACCCUGCUCCCCCUAGCGGGAUCGGUGCUUAGGAAGGACAAAGACACUCCCUUGGCUGAAGUCAAGUGUCUGCAGCCGAAGAUCCUGCCUCCUCCAGCUGAGGUGGUUUCCACUUGUGUUAAGACCCCGCCCCCUCCGUUCGAGGCGGGGUCUCUUGAGGUGGUAGCCACGCCCUCACCCUCUGCUGGCCACGCCCCCUCAGAAGACCUGCUCUCCCAGGCUGCCAGACUUCUGCAGGCUGCCGAAGACUCCGAUGGCAGCGAGUUCCAGGACGACCCUAUACUGCAGGUGCUAAGGAUUCAAAGGACAGCGCUGCGGCGGCAAAAAAGGAAAGUGGAUACCCAAAUAGCCUGCCUGCUGGGCCACCCUGAAGACCCAGAGUCUUGGUCUCCUCCAGCCAGGUCGCCCCCCCCGGAUCCCCAAGGCUGCGGCUGAGGAGGGAAGGAGCCUCUCUUGAGGCCAGAUGACUUUGAAUUGUACAGACUCUAUUUUUCU